AUGCAGUCAAUGAACCGACCCACUUUCCUUGCCAUCAAGAACCACUCUCCAGAGAAGCCGGUCAUUGUCUUUGUUGCUUCUCGUCGCCAAACACGUCUCACUGCCAAGGAUCUGAUCAACUACUGCGGUAUGGAAGACAAUCCUCGCCGAUUUGUGCGCAUGUCUGAGGAUGAUUUGGAACUCAACCUUGCUCGUGUAAAGGAUGAUGCCCUGAGGGAAGCCCUCAAUUUCGGCAUCGGUCUGCAUCAUGCUGGUUUAGUCGAAUCCGAUCGCCAGCUGGCGGAGGAACUCUUCGCCAACAAUAAGAUCCAAAUUCUCGUUGCUACAAGUACUCUUGCGUGGGGUGUCAACCUUCCAGCUCAUCUUGUGGUGGUCAAGGGUACACAGUUCUUCGAUGCUAAGAUUGAAGGUUACCGUGAUAUGGAUUUGACCGAUGUUCUUCAAAUGCUCGGUCGUGCCGGUCGUCCCCAGUUCGACACAUCUGGUAUUGCCCGUAUCUUCACGCAAGAUUCCAAGAAGGCUUUCUACAAGCAUUUCCUUCACACUGGCUUCCCAGUCGAAUCGACUUUGCACAAAGUCCUGGAUAACCAUCUUGGCGCUGAAGUCUCUGCUGGAACUAUCACUACCCAACAGGAUGCAUUGGACUACUUGACUUGGACAUUCUUUUUCCGCCGAUUGCACAAGAAUCCAUCUUACUAUGGUCUGGAAAUCUCUGCUGAGGAUCAAAACUCCAUGGCAGCCCAAACUAUAGCUCAAGAUUUCAUGGUUGACCUGGUCGGCAAAUCACUGAAUGACCUGGCGGAAUCUUCUUGUGUCCUUGUGGACUCCGCGACUGGAGAGGUGGACCCUACUCCAUUCGGCAAAAUCAUGAGUUACUACUACUUGUCUCACAAAACGAUCAAAUAUCUCAUGGCACACGCUAAGCGCGAUCCAACCUUCCAAGAUGUAUUGAGUUGGAUGUGCUCUGCCACUGAGUUUGACGAGCUUCCUGUCCGACACAACGAAGAUCUCAUCAAUGCAGAACUCGCUCAGAACCUUCCUCUCUCCAUUGAAUGUAUGGGUGAUCUUCCCUUGUGGGAUCCACAUACGAAGGCGUUCCUUUUGCUUCAGGCUUACAUGUCCCGGAUUGAUCUACCCAUUACAGAUUAUGUGGGUGAUCAGACGUCGGUACUUGAUCAAGGAAUCCGUAUUAUUCAGGCAUCAAUCGAUGUCAUGGCUGAGCUCGGCUAUCUUCCUGCGUGUCAAAUGCUGAUGACCUUGCUCCAAUGCAUCAAGUCUGCACGCUGGCCCGAGGACCAUCCUUUGUCUAUCUUGCCAGGUGUGCCAACCGAGAAACCACCCAGUGGUCUUCCUGGCACUCUCGUCUCGCUUUCCUCGCAGUCCAGUGGUGCGGUCGCUGCUCUUGUCAAGAGGCUCGCGCUUCCGUUCAGCUUUGCCCGCGCGUCCUCUCAGCUGCCCCAUCUCUCUGUCUCGGUCGCAACAGUCUCUGCUAAGGGUGUGACUGUUUCUUUGACACGCCGCAACUCUCCCACAAACCCUGACUGCAGGAUCUACGCGCCCCGUUUCCCCAAGCCUCAAACCGAGGGCUUCUUCCUCAUCACCUGCAGUGCUCUACCCAAUGGUGCCGAUGGUGAGCUUUUGGGCCUGAAGCGUGUCUCGUGGCCACCGGUGGCUAAGCGCAACGGCAAUGGCAAGGGCAGUUCCGGUGCUGGCUCUAGUCGCGGGUCAUCCAAUGACAAGGGCGGACAGCUAACAGUGCGUUCUUCGGUCAAGUUCCCUGAAGGAAUGCUCGCACAAGCAUCAUCAGUGACCACCUCUGGUACCGCCCGAGUGAAUAUCAGGAUCAUCAGCGAUUCCUAUGUUGGGAUGGCAUGGUCUGUCACCAACGUGGAAGUGAAAUUGGAUGCCAUUGCGGAAACCCAAACUGUGGCCGAAUCAAGCAUUCCUCAAAAGGACUAG